CGGCAACCGUCCUAGAGACGACUCCGCCGGCUGCACCAUGAACGAGAUCUACCCUCUGGCGGUGCCCAAGGGGCGCCGGCUCUGCUGUGAGGUGUGCGAAGCCCCGGCCGAGCGGGUGUGCAUGGCCUGUACAGUCACUUAUUACUGUGGGCCUGUGCAUCAGAAGGCUGAUUGGGGCAGCAUCCAUGAGAAGAUAUGCCAGCUGCUAAUUCCUCUGCGCACCGCGAUGCCCUUCUACAACUCAGAGGAAGAAAGGCAGCAUAGCCUGCAGCAGCUGCAGAAGCGACAGAAGCACUUGAUUGAAUUCUGCUACACUGUCGCCCAGAAGUAUCUUUUUGAAGGAAGACAUGAAGACGCUGUUCCUGCGGCUCUGCACUCCCUUCGAUUCCGCAUGAAUAUGCACGGCCUGAGCUCAGUAGAGCUUGUGCCUGCUUACCUGCUCCUGGCUGAGGCCAGCCUUGGUCUGGGCCGGAUAGUGCAGGCUGAAGAAUAUCUAUCCCAAGCCCGGUGGACAGUCCUCAAGUCAACUGACUGUAGUAAUGCAACUCACUCUUUACUGCACCGGAACCUGGGCCUUCUCUACAUGGCCAAGGAGAACCACGAGGAAGCCCGGUACCACCUGGCUAAUGAUAUUUAUUUUGCCAGUUGUGCGUUCGGAACAGAAGACAUCAGGACCUCAGGAGGCUACUUCCACCUGGCCAAUAUCUUCCAUGGUCUUAAGAAAAUGGAGCUGGCAGACACAUUGUACACAAAGGUCUCGGAGAUCUGGUAUACCUAUUUGAAUAAUCACUAUCAAGUCCUCGUACAGGCCCGUUCCCAACAAACAGACUUACUGGGCAAACAGUUUGUGAAUGACACCGGUCUGGAUGAAGCCCAGGAGGCAGAAGCCAUUCAGAUCCUAACUUCAAUUCUGAGCAUUCGAGAAUCUACCUCCGACAAAGCACCCCAAAAAACCAUCUUUGUUCUAAAGACCCUGAGCAUGCUUUACUUUCUGAUGUUGGAGUGUUCAAAGGCAAAGGAGUAUGCCUCGAGAGCCCUCAGUCUAGCCGAAGAGCAUCUUAGCGUGCAGGAGCAAAGGGUUAUUCAAGAGUUACUGGAUAUCAUCUCCACCGAGGAAGAGCAGCCUGUUCCCUAGAGAGGAGGUGCUGG